UGGUGUUUACGGGAAUUGUUUUGAUUACGUUUUAAUCUCAAAAUUCUUGUGUUAUCAUAUUUUUCUUUAACAUGCUAUAGUGAAGCAUACACAGUUACAGUGUUAUCAUGGAGACGACUCCUUUACUCACAAGACCUAAAAGGAAGUCGUUGUGGUCAAGGUUGAUGCACUCAAGGUUCCGGAAGAAGGAGUUAAGUUCAAGAGUCAUAUACGUGGGGCAGAUCCCAGAAGAAGAAUACCCGCCUAAUUAUGUGUGCAAUCAAAAGUACAACAUCAUUACAUUCCUCCCAUUGGUGCUGUUUGAGCAGUUCCGCUUCUUCCUCAACAUGUAUUUCCUCGUAAUGGCUGUGAGUCAGUUUAUACCGAGCAUCCGCAUCGGGUACCUCUACACAUACUGGGGACCACUGUGCUUUGUACUCUCCGUCACAUUAUUCAGAGAGGCCGUUGAUGAUUUCAGAAGAUACAGGCGAGACAAAGAAGUUAACCGCCAACGUUACGAACGCAUAGUCCUCAACCACACAGAGAAUGGAUACAGACCUUUUCAAACAGAGCAUGUGUCAGCAUCGAAGCUCAGAGUGGGGGAUAUUGUAAUGCUGCAUAAAGGACAGAGAGUGCCGGCUGACAUGAUCCUGUUGAGGACCAACGAGACCAUGGGGACCGUGUUCAUCAGGACGGAUCAGCUGGAUGGAGAGAUUGAUUGGAAAUUGAGGAUACCUCUUCCAUCAACACAAAAGCUGCCAACAGACGCCCAUCUCCUGGACAUCAACGCUCAAAUCUUCGUGGAGAAGCCAGAGAAGGACAUACACUCGUUCAUAGGCACUUGUACACGACUAGAUGAAGAGGAGAGCGACUCUCUAGACAUUGAAAACACGCUGUGGAGCGGAUGCGUCGUUGCUUCGGGACAGGCUACCGGACUGGUUAUAUAUACUGGCAGUGAAACCCGUAGCGUAAUGAAUAACGCCGCCCCGCGCUCCAAGGUGGGUCGUCUGGACCUGCAGAUCAACGACCUCACCAAGGUGCUGUUUGCGGCCACACUCUUCGUAUCAUUCCUCAUGAUCGUGCUCAAAGGAUUCAACGGACCCUGGUACGGGUUCCUCUUCCGAUUUGUGCUGCUCUUCUCUUAUAUUAUUCCUAUCAGUCUAAGAGUAAACCUGGAUAUGGGCAAAGCGUUCUACUCAUGGACAAUCCAACGAGACAAGCAGAUAGAAGGCACAGUGAUGCGAUCCACAACGAUCCCUGAGGAGCUCGGACGUAUCCAGUACCUGUUAGCCGACAAGACAGGAACUCUUACCAAGAACGAAAUGGUCUUCCAAAAGCUGCACCUGGGAAAUGCAUUGUUUCACAGGAAUAACUUUCAUGAGGUGGAAGCCCUCCUCACUCAAUACGUAACCAACGACGCAGCAUCACUACCCACGUCGCCAGUAGGCAGUGAAGGACCGAUGGCGCCGACGCCGCGACAAGUAUGGCACGCGGUGCUGGCUCUCGCAUUGUGCCACAAUGUCACCCCCGUGUAUGAAGUCGACCAGCGACGGGACGAGGUGGAUGAUACGCAGUCUGACAUGGGCAGCUCAGUAAUGUCGGAGUCGUGCGGCGGCACGGUGCCUCAACAGCAACUGUGUGACUACCAGGCAUCCAGCCCCGACGAGGUCGCGCUUGUCAAGUGGACCGAUAUGAUGGGCAUAUCGCUAUACAAGCGCGACCUACACAACAUAUCGCUGAAAUUGCGCGCCGCAAAUGAGAUUAUGCAGUUUACCAUCCUACAGAUCUUCCCCUUUACCAGCGAGAGCAAAAUGAUGGGCAUUAUUGUACAGGACGAUAAUACAGGAAAGAUCACAUACUUCGUGAAAGGCGCGGACGUGGCGCUAGCUAAGUUAUUGCAAUCUGAGUGGCUGGCCAGUGAGUGCCGGCGCCUCGCGGCCGACGGCCUGCGCACCAUGGUGGUCGCACGACGGACGCUCAGCAAGCAGGAAUAUGUCGCGUUUGAGGCUGACUAUAAAGAAGCUCGUCUAAGCGUCACGAACCGCAACGAGAAGACUGCCUCAGCGAUGUCAAAGUUAUACUCCGGGCUAGAGUUGCUCGGAGUGACGGGCGUGGAGGACCGACUAGCUGACGAUGUGCCGAGGACGCUGUCUAUGUUGCGUACUGCUGGGAUCAAGAUCUGGAUGCUAACCGGUGAUAAACUAGAGACGGCUCUGUGUAUCGCGCGGUCACUGCAGCUGGGCGGCGGCACGAGCUGGCAUGUGGCGCAGGAGUGCACCAGCCGCCGGGAUGCGCACGCGCUGCUGCAGGCGCUGCAGGCCGGAGACGACGCCAUGGACCUCAUCGUGGAGGGGGAGACGCUACAGGUAUGCCUUCACUUCUACGAGGAAGAGUUCGUCGACAUUCUCCGUCGAUGUUCCGGUGUAGUCGUGGCCAGGUGCUCUCCGACCCAGAAGGCGCGUGUGGCGCGACUCCUGCGCGCUAGGAAGCAUGUAGUGGCCGCGGUCGGAGAUGGGGGCAACGACGUCGCUAUGAUACAGGAGGCCGAUAUGGGCGUGGGCAUCGAGGGCGCGGAGGGCCGUGCGGCGUCGCUGGCGGGCGACGUGAGCGUGCGCCAGUUCCGCAGCCUGGCGCGCCUGCUGCUGGUGCACGGCCGCCGCGCCGCCAUGCGCUCCGCCGCGCUCUGCCUGUUCAUCGUGCACCGGGGGCUCAUCGUGUCCACCAUGCAGGCGGUCUUCUCAGUGGUAUUCUACUUCUCAUCAGUCUCACUGUAUCCCGGCUUCUUGAUGGUUGGCUACGGAACCGUGUUCACUAUGCUGCCAGUAUUCUCAUUGGUUUUGGAUAAAGACAUUCCCAGCUCAACGGCGCUUCGGCAUCCGCAGCUGUAUAAGCAGCUGACGAAGGGACGACAACUCUCAUACAAGACCUUCUAUAUAUGGACCGGGAUCUCUAUAUACCAAGGUGGCGUAAUAAUGUACGGCGCGCUAGUCCUGUUCGAAGAUCAGCUGAUCCACAUAGUAGAGAUCAGCUAUACUGCGCUGAUCCUAACUGAACUGAUCAUGGUGGCUCUAACCGUGGUCACGUGGCAUCGCCUUAUGGUGCUCGCAGAGUUGGUCAGCCUGCUCAUGUACACCGCCACGUUGCUUAUAUUUACUACAUACUUCGAUGGCGACUUCAUAAAACACUGGGACUUCUGGUGGAAAGUGAUGACCAUAACCCUCGUCUCCUGCCUGCCCCUAUACAUCGUCAAGUACAUGCACAGGAAAUGGAGUCUUCGGCAAUACAAGAACCUGAAGAAAUAACCUUUUAACAGAUUAGGUUUGUAAUUCUACAUCAAUGGUUCCCAAUUAUUUAUUCCCGCGUAACUGGUCUCAAACUCAAGUACCCCCGGAAAUACGCGAACCACAUACAAAAACAGCCCAUACACGUCCCACUGCUGGACACAGGCCUCCUCCCAAUCAACCGGAGGAGGUACAGAACAUACUCCACCACGCAGCUCCACUGCGGGUUAGUCCUGGCAUAAAGAACACGUCCACGCGUACUUAUAAUUGGGAAUUAUUCUACAGAUAAACAAAAGUGGCUAUAAUUCUUCUUGUGCUUUAAAUUUUUGGACUGCGCCCUAAACACCAAGUUAACUUGGUGUUGUAUAUGAUCAAGGAAAUCGGAACAAGCAGGCCGUGGGC